AUGGACACUAUUAAAUAAAAAUGGAAAAACUAUACCUUAUAAAAAAGACUGAAAGAUCUUUGGGAGGAUUAUAAGAAAGUUUCAAAUUUAUCUGAUGACCCUUAAACACUUAAAAAGUAAUUUGUAAUUUCUUAUAAGAUUUUAAAACUUUCUUGAAUAAGCAAAUAUAACAAUAAAGAAUUUUUUAAAAAGCAAUGAUUAGCAUUUAGAAUUAAUCUUAGUUGAUGCCAAUUAAGUAUUAGUGGUCAUUUUAGAUUAUUUGAAUAAAUUUCCUGAAAUCUAAAAAAGGUUAUAUAUUUUUAAACUAAUCUUUAGAAACGCAGACUAAGGACAAUUAAUUUAAGAUAUAAUGGAAUAAUGUAUUUAAUUAGCAGAAUAAAUUUUGAGAGAACCAAAGUAUAGGAAAAGUGUGGAAAAUUCACAUAAUGUCUUGUCUGAUUUUUUAAAUUUAAUAGAAAAAGCAUAAAAGACUGAAUCAAAAGUUCUAAUCAUUAAAUUAAUUGUAAUUGUUUUCAUCUAACAAAGGUUUUAUUUUCAGAGAACUUAAAUUAAAGAAUUGAAUUUUUUGAAUAAUAAGGAUUCCAUAAAUUACUCUCAAUACUAAUGAACAAGGAUCCAUAACUUAAUCGAAUAAUUUCUAAAGCAUUAUUACAUUUUUUACUUAUAGAAGAUCUAAAUUAAGUCGUAAUUUGCAAUGUAGAAGACAGUCAAGAAUAAACUAUAAAAUAAAAAUUUAGUAAAAUUGCUGAAUCAUUAAGAUCAUUUGCAUUUCAAGGUAUUGAUCAAUUAUUAAUUUUAUUAUAGAACUCUCUAAAGUUUUUCUUCCAUCUUAAAAUAAUAAAUAGUUAAGCAUAAAGUAAUUUUAUGUAGAAAAAAAGGAAAUCUAAACUUUAUAAUAAGCUAUCGAAUAAUCAAUAAGUUUAUAGUCAAUUUUUGAAGUCGAUUUAAGUUUUUAUAUGAACUCUUAAUCAAUAACUAGAUCUACUUCAGAUUAGGAUUAAAACAAGAAUGAAUUUUAUGAAAAAAUUAUUAGUAUUAGUAACACUCCUCCAGAUAAACUGGCAUUAUCAUAAACAUAAUUAGAAAGUUCCCAAUCCGAAGAUAUACUUAAAGAGUUUUAAGUACUUUAAGGUGGGUUUAAAGCUAUCUUGGAAACACUUGAAAAAGCUACUUCUGAAGUUUAAGUUGAUCUACUCUAGACUAUUUAAUAAAUAUUACAAAAUAAUGCUAGAAAUAAAAUAGAAUUUAAAAGAGUCAAUGGUUAUCAAUUACUAAAUGAUUUUAUUUGUAAUAAGGACUAAUAAGAUGAAUAAUUUUAAUAACAAUUCUAUAAUUUCUUAAAAUAAAUAUCAACAACUGAAAGUGAAAUAGAUGAUUUAGAUGCAUUUACUUUAAUGCUUGAACUAUUACCUAUUUAAUAAGAUAAAAUUCUCAAUAUAAUUAUUGAAGUUUUAAAUUAAAAUUGGAAAAAUGCGAUCAUAGCAAAAAGAUUAAAAUUGUAUUAUUACUUAGCUAUUAUAUAAAUGAGAUAAUAUUUAUCAUCAGACCAAAUUUCUGAGAAAUUCUGUAACAUUGAUAAUGAGUACAUGUUUUCUAACUUUAAAAACAUUUUAGUCAAAGUAAAAUUUUCACAGACAGAUGAAAUAUGUUAAUAAUUAUUUUAACUUUAUGAAUAACUAAAUUAAUUAGAGGGAUUUUACAGUCUUGAAUUCGAAGCAAUCUAAAGUUAAUUAGCCAUAUUAUUUAUUGAUGAUGUUGAUAAAUUUAAGUAAAUAGUUGCUUUUGCUUUCAAAAUGAUAGAAAUGAAAAUGAGUAAGAAAUGUAGAUACAUGAAUUCCUUUGAUCAUUAAAGUGAAUUGGCAUUUCGAAAUUUUAGCAUCAUUUUUGAAUAAAUAUAUCAUACCUUUUAAAUGGCUAAAAAAAAUAAUAUUUAAGAUGCAAAAGAUUAAUCUAAUUAUGUUUUUUUUAUAUAAAUUAUAGAAAUUAUCAAUUCAUUUUUAGUGUGUGAUCACAAUAUAUAAAAACAAGAAGUAGAUAUAUUUAAAAAUAUGGUUAGUUAAAAUAGAUGCGAAUAGUUUAUGAAUUUAAUUAAACCAUAUCUUAAAUUAAUUUCAAGUAAGUAGAUUUUAGAACUAUUUGAUUUUGAAUAUAAUGAAAAUAGUAAUUUAGCUAUUGCUCAUUUAUAAUUUCGCUUGAAUUAAGUGUUGUUUAAUUCACUAGCAGGAAUAAUGAGACAUAAUGAUUUAAAAAUAGAACCUUAAAUGGUUUUAUACUUAAUCUAUUCUUAAUAUGAAAUGUGGAAUUCUUUAGAAUAGCAACCACAAAACCCCAUAACCCCUUUAUUAGAAUUUCUAAUAGAUAUUUCGAAAUUAAAUUCUUAAUACUUAUAAUGUAUCUCUCACUUUUUUUACAAAAUCAAAUUGCAUGAUGAAAAUUCUCUUGUGAUUGAAAAUCUCAUAUAAUUUUUAAAGUAAUAAGAUUUCAAAAAUUAAGAUUUAGUUGUAAAUAUGCUUAUUUCAAUCUGCAAGAAUUUACCAUCGUAUAAUGAUAUGGUUAAUCUAUAUCCUGUAUUAAUACAAUUUAUAGAAAUGUAUUUGAACAAAGUUGAUUUGGAGUUGUGGCUUGAUUUUUUAUUUUCAGGAGAAAUAAUCAAAAAAUUAAAUGAACAAAAUUAUGGAGCUGCUAUGAGUGAUAUUUUAAGCUUAUUAUCUAUUCACAGUAUGUUUUAAGAUAAAGUAUUUGAUAAGAUGAUAAAUGGAGAAUAUUUAACAAACUCUUUUGCUACUCUAUAAUACGAAACAACCAAAGAAUAAAGUAUUAAAUUAUCAAAUAUAUUGUAUUUAUUGAAUGCCAAAAGUAAUAAGAUCAAAGUAUUUAUUUUUAUAUAUUUUUUUUUAGAAUCCUAUUUAUAGCAAUAAAUAGAAAUUUUUUUAAUUGAUCUAAAAGCUAUUUAAUGGAGAGGAAUUUUCAAAUUAAUUAUGUAAUACUAUUUAUAAACUUGUGUUUUGGAAUUUUGAUAGUUAUCAUCUACUUUAUACAGAGAAUAGCAGCAAUGUUUCUUCAGUUAUGGGAAGAAGUGAAUUUGCUGAAAUAAUUUAAAAAACCUAAAAAUAAUAUUUAGAAAAUAAAUAGCCAAUAUAACGUAUAACAAAUUUGGAAUCUUUAGAACUUUUCUUUUUGAUGUUGGUUAAAAACAAAUCUCAAAAUUAUGUAAUAGAAAUUUUAAAGAUAUUUGAAUCAAUUUUAGAUAAUUAAAAUUUAGCAACAUUAUUAGAUUCAAAUAUAAUAUAAAGUUUAUGUUUGCUAUUAUAAAAUUCUGAUAAAAGAAUAGAAUAAUAAAUUUAUAAAAUUAUAAGAACAAUUAUUUAAUAUGAUUUAAGUAAGUCUAACAAAUUGAAGAUAAUCGACAUGUUAAAGAGACAUGAUGAUGCAUCUCAUAUUUUGAUUGAUUAUUUAAAGGAUUUACUAUAGAAUCCAGUAAUUAAGAAUGAUCAUAUGAUCUUUUUGAAAAAUUUUGACUUUUUAGUAAAAAAUUUUGAAGAGUUAGUUGGUUUUAAUGAAGAAAUAGAUAUUUUAUUAUUUCAAAUAAUCAAUUUGAUGGCAUCUAAAAAUUCACCAGAUAUAAGAUCAGUAUUAAAGUAGUUGAAUCUAUUUGAAUUUAGAGAUAAUUUGGCAUUACAAAUUAUCAAAUAUAAAAUGAAACCAUAAUAGUUGAUGGAUAUUUUAUCUGGAAUUCCCUUUGCUUAAUUAUGCAAUAGUAGAAACUUUAAAGAAUCACAUUGUAUGGCGUAUUUAUUGUAAAGGUUGAUUCAACACAAAGAUCAUUUUGGUUUACCCCUUUUGAUUAUAAAGAUUUUAAAAUAUGAUAUAUCAUCGAUAGAAGAUAAUAGAAAGUAUGUAGGUAAGCUUUUACAAAAUGAAUAAUUGAUAAAUUUUUUUUAUCCAUAAAUGUUAAGAAAAUCAAGUAAAAGUUUAAAAUGUUUUGAUUAAGAAGAUUAAAAAAAUUAAAGUUAAAGUUCAUCAGAAACAGAUGCAGCUUUUUCGUAGAAUAUGACUGUGGAUCAAUUUUUAACACUAUUUUUUAGUGAUAAAUUGUAGGAUGAAAGAUAACAAAUAAAAUUGAGUUUAGAGAGAGCACUAAUCCCUGUAGAAAGUGAAUACAAGAGAUAAAUAAUGAGAUAUAAUAUGAAAAAAUAAAAUCGAUUAUCAAAAUUAUCAGAGCAAGAAGAAUGUGAUAAUUAAAGAGUAAGAUUUAUAAAAUAUAUAUAGAUUUAAACUUCAAAUAAUGAUUGGGAAUUUAAGAUACAAUCUCGUUUGAAAAAGAGCAAUGAGCGAUCUAAAUAGAGAAAUUAAAAAUAAUAGGAAUUAUUUGAAUAGUCAUUGGCUGAUGGAGAGAAUUAAUGGUUUAAAUUGUGUUUAGGAUAAUGA